GUCCAUUGUCUCCUAUGACAGAGGGAUGUCAACGGAUUCAUUUUGUUGUUGCUGAACAUUGGUUUGCAGAUACAUUUGACAAAUUCGGUUUAAAUGCGAACUAAAGCGAAUUUCUCCCAUCCCUACUGGUGUGAAGAAGAGCAGCUAUUUCCAAAGCCCAUCGCAUUUUUGAAGACCGCUCUCUAUCUUGCAUAGCCCAGCGAACCCGGCGUUCAGCCCGAGAGGGCGGAGCGUUGGAAGGGAGCUGGGCGGAGCUAUGCAAAUAAGCCCUUGGGAAUGGAGUUCCGUGCGAAGGUCAGCGCCCGACAGUGGAGGAAGGGCGCUUCCCAGAACGCCGCGCAUGCGCCGGCGCUCCUAACGUUUUUUGCCCGCGUCUCUCCUCUCCAGCCUGGAGCCUAGAGAGAACGGAAGUGCGUGCGUGUGCGUCCCUCCUUCGCGACGCUAUUUCCGGCGUGUGGGCGCGCGGCUUGAUUCGCUCAGUUGGGCUGGCUCGGAGGGCUUCGCUUGGCGCCCGAGGCCGCCGCUGCCGCCGCUUCGGAAAUGGCGGGUAAGCGGGUCAUGGCGGGAGAGAAAGAGAGCCUGGCCGGCUGCUUGGGUUAGGCCUCCCUGAGGCAAGGCGUGAGCUGGAAGUGGCCCGCGUCCCGUCCGAGUAGCCCCGGGAAGCUGCGGUCUCUGCUGCGCGGGAAAACGGUUGCCGGUUACCCGGGUGGGCUGGUUUCUCCCUCUCUGACUGGGAAAAACGCCUCCGCCUUGGGGCUGCCUCCGAACCCGGGCCCUGAAAUUCGCGGCCGCCUCGAAGUUCACUCGGGACCCGUUGCCAUUGGUGGGCGGGCAACUUAUAGGACCUCGGGGUGGGUGGGGGGAACUGCCAUGGGGUGCGACGUGGAGUGGGGGACAGAGUAGCCCCCCAUCUCCACCCUGUCAGGAAAGUAAAGGACGAAGCAUGGGCACUGCAGUUCGCGUGCGUUUCGACAGGUGGGUCUGGACCCGUUCCUAAAACGGGUCCCCUGCCGCUGUGCCAGAAUUAAGCGCCCCUUCCUCCCCUUUGGAAAAAAAAAAAUUUGAAGGGCGGAGAUGCGCAGCCCCAUGCCUUGCUGUGAGAUUGCUUCUGUUCUGAAGUGCUGCAGCCCCCCGACCCCUUACUUGUGCAGCUAGCAGUUUUAUUCUAACUUUGGGCACGUCUUUUUUCCUCUUUCAAAGUGGUUGUACCCAUGCUGAUUUAAAGACAGAGACUUUCUAUGUACUGCUUGAUAUUUGGAGCCUUAGGGUAGAAUCAUAGAAUUGUAGAGUUGGAAAAGGACCACAAAUUCAACCCCCUGCAAUGCAGGAAUCUUUUGCCCACCAUGGACUUGAACCCACGACCCUAAGAUUAAGAGUCUCAUGCUUUACUGACUGAGCUAUCCCAGAGGUAGGCAUUAAAGGCGAGUUGCAUUGGCCAGGAAUUGAACCUGGGCCUCCUGCAUGGCAGGCAAGAAUUCUACCACUGAACCACCAAUGUCCUUGGUAUGCCAUUUUAUCUGUGAUUAGCUCAAAAAUAUUAUUAUUGCGUUAAGUGCAUAGGUUAAUAUGCAACUAAAUCAUACUCUGAAUAGGUCGGUUAAAUUGGUGGACUUAGGUUAGUUAAGUCCACUUAUCUAGUAUAACUAUGACUAACACUGUGUUUCACCCACACAAUAUAAUAUUUCUGGGGCAGGUUGCCAUGAUCAUCUGAAAUUACUGAGAUGGACAUCCUUUGCAUACUUAAUAGUAAGCCCAUUUGAACACAGUGAGUGGGAUUCACCUAACCUGUGAAUUAGGUGAAGCCCAGUGGAAGCCUCACACAAGACUUCUGCUUACCCAAUGGAGCUUCCCCCCAGCCCCCCCCCCUGAAAUUGGCUUGGGGUGAAUCUGGAGAACCCCCCCCCCCAAAAAAAAACAGCGCAUAGGGGAAGAGAGGGAAGAUUGUUCCAUCUGGCAAGCUCCAAUCCUUGCCCAGAUGGACCGGUUGGUUGAGUUACCCUCAGCAGGAUUUACUUUUAAGUAAACAUGUAUCAUGUUUGGCUGCUUAGUUUACUUGGAAGUGAGUCCUAUUGAAGUUGAUGGGACUUGCUUUUAAAGAGACAUGUAUAAAAUUAGUCUGUUUAUAAAUUAAGUAUAUAUUUUACAGUGAGAUACUCUAAAUUGCAGUGCAGGUGGGCAACCUUCAGUUUAGGUGCCCUCCAUCACUUUCUGAAGCUGCCCCUUUCUUCCAUCCCACCUGAGUUCCUUCCUUCCUGUUCAUUUCCUCCUUGUUUUUGAAGUCUUUCCCUCAUUUAUAGUUUCAGAACAAUUGGAGGGGGCAGUGUUGUUGUUGUUUUAAAAAAUAAACACUUUCCCUUGUUGCAUAGCUAAAAUAAGUCCCCCACCCUAGCUGCCUGAGAAUAAAUUGGUUGGUUUUUCCUUAGUGUGUAUGUAUAUGACACACUGAAAGUUAUAAAGGAAUUCCUUUUACUUGCUUUUCAGAACAGUAGCUGUACUGAUCUGAUGUACUAAAAGAAAUUUCUGCGUGUACCCCAUUAAACCCGUUGCGGCUUACUUCUAUGUAAAUUAGGAUUGGGAAUUCUAAUCUGAGGUAUCAUGAAAAUUGAAGCAAAGCACUAUUUCUUCUGAAUUAGUUAAUCCAGAACACUUUUGUUUCUGACACUGCCUAUGUUUGUCUUUGCGGACUGCCAGCAGCAGCCUCCCAACAGAUUAAUCCUGAGGGAAUGAGGAAUUUCCCAAUCUUGCUCUAAAACAUAGCUAACCAACCUGGGGCAUGCAUGCAGUCAUGAAGGUCCUGGACUUAGUUUGUCCCCCAGGCCUGGCUAUGGCAUAUUAGAUUCCUAUACUGUUCUGGCUUCUCUCUAGCUCAUUAGGCUAGUGUCAAAACCACAUCAGGUCAUAUGGGUGGAGGCUGGGAAGAAAUGUGUGUACUGCAAUAUGUAAUUGCAGUUGUAUUGGAAUGGUACUCUGACAUGUUGGACAUGGUACAUUUGUUGAAAUGUUGGGCUGCUAUUGCGCUAACUUUUGAUCUGCUGGUGUAUUCAGAUUUUGAAAGCACUUGACACGCCCUUAGUGUGUUAAUUAUUUGAAGGUGUCUCCACACAGUAAACUGGACCACUUCCCUAAGAUUAAGGAUGCAGGCUUUUUUUUUUUUUUUUUUUAGGGUGGGGGUUAAGAGCAUGUGAGUGUUGGACUUCCGGGGUGGCGCCACCAGCAAUGGCAGACUCCCUCUGAACUGCAGGGACUAGCUCCGCGGAAAACGGGUCUUCUCCGCUACGGCGAAGCGGGGACCCACUUAAAAAUCACAGGCGGAUGAAGCCUGUGACCAUGGGACUCGGCGGGCACCUUUAGCGCCCCCCCAACCCGCUAAGGAACCCACUAACGGGCUCCGAAGUGAAGAGGGGGAAGUGGCGCGGUGCUGUGAGUCAACUGCUAUUUCCGUGGAGCGAAGCCGCAUAGCUGUUGCCGGAGAGCGCUGCCUUUUCCUGGGACAAUUUGGACUUUAAAAUAAGCACCCGUGAGUACUUAGACUUUGAACAAUUGGACAUCAAAUAAGGACUUGCGAGUAGGAAAGAAUCGGACUUUAAAAAAUUUACUUGAAUUUGGUACGGAACAGGAAGGUCUAAACAGGAAGUCAUCCUUCCGUUCUUUUGUAAACAGAAUAAAGCAAAGGCAAUUUAAACUAGAGCUCAGGAAAUCGCUUUUAAAAGAUUGGAUUUCACCAUUUAAAAUUGUGGAACCCCCCUUCGACAGCAGGAGAAGGGGGGGAUCUUUUUGGACUGUUUAAAGUGACUUUAAAGUGAAGUAACUUUCCUCCGUCCUGAUCCUGGAGCGGGCUGUCAGGACUGACGUGUGAAGUUCAUUAACCAAAGACAAGUGUUUUUGACAGAUGGCUAAAAGAAGAGAAACCUAGUGAUUCCACUGUUCCCUUUCGCAUUUUAAAGGAUUAUAUAUGGACAAAGUAUCUUAAAAAAGGAAACUUUGUUGCAAGAAUAAAUAGAAGUCUUCCCCCUAGGGGGAGUCUGUGAAAUUGUAACUGUGAAACUGUAACUAACUCCAGGGAGUCGACAGCUGUUACAGAUUACAACCGUGGGAACAAGUAUCUGACCUUGUAGGACAAUGUAUUCAGAAGCCUUGUUGUAUGCUCUCUAUAAAACAAACGAUCUACUGGAACAAUUACACGAGAAGGUGAAUUGGAUGGCGACUUCGACUAGAAAUUUUGAACAGGCAGUGGGAAACUUUGAACAGACAGUGGGAAAAUAUGUGGAGCCCACUCAGGAUUUAAAUCAGGAGUGUGUCUUGACAGAACAGGAGUUUUUGACAUUAAAUCAGGAGUGUGUUUUGACAGAACAGGCCCAACAGGAAUAUGAUUUUUGGAUUUGACAAAUGAACUUGGAAAAAGCCAUAUCUGGAAAGGAAAAGUUUGGCUUGGUUUGGAAAUGGGGGGCUGGAUUGACCCCCCUAUGCUGGGAUGUUUGGACUUUUCAAAUAUGGCAACGGGCCGUGAGAUGUUUGGGACUGUGGGGGCUCUCAAUUUUGGAGGGCCUUUGAAACAUGCUUUUAAAUACUACAUGGAAUUCAUUGUUGAACAUGGAAAAGGGGCUGAUCUGUUGAGAAGGGUUAAAAACAUUGUCAAGCUGGAGUUACCACGAGCAGGAGACAAGGGAAAAUACAGUUACAAAUAUGAAGAAGAGCCGCGGAAGGGUCAUGGAAGAGACUUGAGGGCCUCGGACAUAAGGUUGCCAGGUUAAUGGGCUAGAUUGACGGGAAUAAGGACUGACAAAACCCGGAACCAGGAGGAAGGGACGCUGGAUGAAGAUUGGAUCUGUUUAUACCUCUUUUUCUACCAUUAGAACUGUUUUAUAAAAUUGAUGAAUGAUAGAAAAAUGUUGGAAUGAAAUUACUUGGCUUUAGCAAAGAUGUUUAAAGAAUUAUGAAAGAAUAUUAUGAUUAUGAGAAGUUGGUAAGGAUAAGAUUUAAGUUUUAAGUUUUAAGGUUUAUUUUAUUAUAGAAAGAUAAGGUCAAGGAUUUGCUGGGAUAAUUAAUAACUAGGAUACAAAGAAAGGGAGGAGGAGGAGGUCUAAGAAAGAAGGUAAUGACAGUUAAGGAUUUGAAAAUAAUGAAUUUGUUUUUAAAUGUUUUUAAAGUUUUGUGAUUUUUGCAUUCUUCUUUUUUUCUUUUUUUCUGUCAUUUUUUCUCAUUUGGAAUUUUUUCGUAUAUGGUGGGAAGGGGUUGGUUUUUUUCCCCUUUUUUUUCUAUUAUGUCAAUUAUUUUUACCCUUUGUACUCUUUUCUGCUUCUAUUUUAUUUUUUCUCUUUUUUGUAACAUUUUGAAAAUCUCAAUAAAUAUCUUUUUUUAAAAAAAAGAGCAUGUGAGUGUUUUUCUGAAACAGUAAUAUGCUAAAUUUAAAAAAUCUAGGUUGCCAGAAAAAGAUUCUUAUUAGCUUGACUGCCAUCUUGCAAGGGGGUCAAACAGUUUUCAUAUUUUUGUUUAUUGUGUACCAUCUUAUCAAACUUAUCAAGUUUAUUUCCCCCCCUAACCAUCUUCACAAGGUUUAUUGUGAAGUUUAUUUUUUUAACAUCUGUUCAUAAUUAUGACACUUUUUACAUGCCACCACUUUACAGAUUCUUAAAAUUCAAAGCUUGGAAGUUGAGGGUGUUUUAUCUCCAUGUUGAAUUUGUGUAAUGUAAUAAAUUGCUGUGUCCUAAGUUAAAUGAGAGUGUGAAUGCCAUUUUUGUUAAAAUGAGUUGGGGAGAAAUGGGACUGUUGCCCUCAAUGGAAAGCAAGCAACUGCCAUCAUCUAACUUAUAAGAACAGCAUGUGUCCUAUCUUUUAUGUUCUUGGGGAGCAUGCUAGGUAGGAGGACACAGAAAGUUAAAGAAGUGCUGGUCUACAGGCCAUAGGUUGGCAGCAAUUUUUUUGACCAAGGAGGUGGAAUUUGGGAAAGAGAACUUGAGAAAGGGGCUCAUGUGGUAUAUAGUCCACAGGUCACAGCGGUCAGGAAGAUGGAACAUUAGAGAGGGUGUCAUGGUAACAGAUGCUAGGCAAUGGUUGUUAGGAGGGAGGAGGGGGUGUUGGGAAAAGGCAGAUAUUAAGAACAUUUUUCAUUUAUUCUAGUGUUUGUCUGGGUCAUUUGAUCUGCAUCCCAGAUCCCUGUUCACUUUCCUUGGCUUGGCUUCACUGGUCAUACUUACAAGGCCUCUGUCAACCUCUUUUUACCUUGCUCUGCAUGUAAAUAGCAAUUGAUCCUGUCAGUUCUUUGAGGAGAUACCUGCAAUGCAAAGAUCUGCAGAUUUUGUCAAGAGUUGAUACAUGAUUGUGUGAGACAUGUAAUUGAGCAAGGACUUGCAAAGGUGCAAGAUUCCAGAGAAUCAAGUUUGAAGAGAAUGUGCAUUGAUAUAUAGUUCAAAAGUUUAAUUGUUAUGAACAGGUGAAAACAAAUGUGUGGUGUGUUAUGAUACUUCCUACUCUUGACUACAAACACAAGGGAAAAAUCAGUUAGUUAAAAGAAGCAUCCAGAUGUUAUACUAACUGCUUUCCAGUUCCAGGAGGAGCAUGGGGAGUGUUCAUGCAACACACCUACGCACUGCAGUCAACACACGAAAGUCGCAACACACAGUUUGGAAAGCUCCAAGCUAAAUAAUGUAUGGGAAUGGCAUGUAUGGUAUUGAUAGAAGAAUGCUCAUCUUUGGCUAUCCCUGCCAGUAACAUAAGUGAUAAAUUAACCUUCUUUAAAAAACAUGGUUGCUACUUGGGGACACAGUAAUAUAUGUGGCAAAUGGAAGAGACGAUUUUGAUACAACUUCAUACCUUAUUGUUCCAGCUAAGAGAGUUAUCCACAGCCAAAACUCUAGAUGACUACCUUAAACUUUAUGAUCUUGCUAGAAUGCCUGUACGCAAACUCACAGAUGCUUGGCGCCUUCCUCUAGUAUACCCUACACUGAAGAUUCAUAACGAUGUCAGGGUUCAUUCUGGUCUUCAAAAUGCUUGGUAUUGAUUAUGUCACUGCUUUAAUAUUGUAACUAAUAGCCUGUUUAUGUAAUAUUAUUAUUACUACUAUUAUUCCCCACCCAUAUAAAAAAUUGUAAAACAUCAGACAUUAACAGUUUCCUGAUACAGGGCUGCCUUCAGAUGUCUUCUAAAAGUCAGAUAUUUCCUUGACAUCUCAUGGGAGGGCGUUCCACAGGGCGGGUGCCACUACCAAGAAGGCCCUCUGCCUGGUUCAAGGGCCAAGACCAUUUAGGGCUUUAAAGGUCAGCACCAAUACUUUGAAUUGUGCUUGGAAACAUACUGAGAGCAAAUGUACGUCUUUCAGGACCAGCGUUAUACAGUCUCGGCGGCCACUCCCAGUCACCAGUCUAGCUGCUGCAUUUAUGAAUUUUGCUUGGAGCAGAAGAAAUCUUGGAGAGUGGUGACAACAGUGAACCUGCUGGUCAGCUGAGCAGAAUUAUAAGUAUUGCUCAAAAUUUUGAGUGGAGAUAAGAAGCUGGCUCCCAAGCAUAUUAAACUUCCUCCACACUACCAAGCAACAAGAAGUUAGUGGAACAUUACUGAAAUAACUGAAAAGAGUUUGCUGUCAGAGCAUGGUGAUACAGCAUAUACAGAUUUCUGUCAAUCCAGGUCUUGAAGACUUGGGAUGGACACUUGAAAAUGGAGAACUGAAACAUGCACUCACUACAGUUGAUGCAUCUCUGUAUCCUACAGAGAAGUUUUUUUGUAGAUAGAAGAAAGGAUGUGCAACAUGUCAGUGCAAGUGUAAAAACAACAAAAUGGUGUUUACCAGGGGUCCCCAACCUGCGGCCCACAGAGGCCAUUUAAGCAGCCCACGAACCGCCCCUGAAACUAGCCGCCCAUUUGGUGAGUCCCCCUGUGCUGCGCUAAACCAGCACGGCGUGGGGACGCUCUUCCUCGGCUCAGGAAAUUGCUUCUGCGCAUGCCCAGACUCCAGAAAUCACGUCUGCGCAUGUUCGUGGCACCGGAAAUUGUUUCUGCGCUUGCCCAGACGCCAAAAAUUGCUUCUGUGCAGGUGUGAUUUUCGGUGUCUGGGCAUGCACAGAAGCGAUUUCCGGCACCGCAGACAUGUGCAGAUGCAAUUUCUGGCGUCGUGCUGUGCCGGCCCGGCAAGCCUUGCCAACCCUUGGUGUUUACCAUGAACUGAAAAUGUAACCCUAAGCAGCAUGCAGAGGUUAACAGAUCAGUGGACUGAACUUCAACUUCCGAGCUCUGCGGUGUGGUCACUGAUCAUAUUUUUAUAUGUACCAAAUGUUGUCAUGGACAAUAACAAACAAUAACAAAAAAUAUUUUGCCUGGAAUUGGUAUCAUGGCUAAUUUUAUAAUUCCUUUUCUGGAACUUCAUUUCACGUAGUGGUAUCUUAUGUACCGGUGCCUUGACAGUCCACCUGGCUCAUUUGUAGACCAAAAAUGGUAGGCACACUCUCCUUUAACCCAUGACAAAGCAUUUCCUCCCUGGAGACCACUUGACAAUUCCUGAGGGUCUUGGAGGACCACUUUAUGAUUUCUCUGUCUGUUGUAAUGCACUGUUAGAGGCUGUAUGUGGUUCCAUUAUUAUUGGCCCCUUACUUAACACUGUAGUAGUGCUAAAUGUAACAAACAUUUUUAUUAUGUGUUCCUCAGCCAAGUUCUGACUUAAACCAUAUUUAUAAUUCCUCUUAUUUUUUUCUGUGGCGUUAAUGAAAUAAUUUUAGCAAAACUAUUGGGGGGAAAAACAAAACCCAGACAGCUAGAUUUAUUUAUUUAUUUAUUUUGAAACCCCAUUUGGCAGUAGCGUUUUAUUUGCCACUGAAAAUGCCCUCUUCCCGUGUGGGAGAAAAAUAUCACUGCAGGGUUGUGCAGGAGAUCUGUGACUGUUUUGUCUGAACCAAUAUAAAUCUCAAACAUGCAAGAUCUUGCGUGUUAAUGGCUGUCAUGGCAGGGCUAGGAGAUGUGAACGAAAUCUUGCUGUCUGAGGCACAGGAUGAAAGAGGUCACAUUUUUGUCUUGCAAAUAAGCAGCAUUCCACGGUUGUGCAUGGCAUGGCAAGUGUGGCAUCGCCCUCUGGCAAAGGGCAAUAUGCUUAAAGUAUUAGGCUGGCUCAAUCAAUAGAGCAUGAGACUCAGGGUCAUGGGUCGAGCUCCACUUUGGACAGUGAGAUUCCUGGAUUGCAGGGGGUGAACCAAAUGGCCCUCGUCCCUUUCAACUCUACAAUUCUAUGAUACUAGCCCACAUGCCCCAUGCAUGCUUACAUUGAGAGCCAAUGUGUAAAGCACCUUUGCUUGAUCGCCUGGGAAUAAUUUGUACUUGCAUCAGGCAAGUAACUAUUUGCCUGAAUUCUAAAAGUACUGAGAACCUACAGCAGGAUCUUGUGGGCCUCUUAUAUAGCAUCUCAGGCUUACAGGUUUCCUUGUUUUGUAUUAACACAACAACUCAUGCUUCAAAGCACUACCUAAUUCCCGUUUAUUUCUCUACAGUUUUAUGUUGGAUAAGCCAAAAUGAUAACGUUAUUUGAAAAUUGUUUGAAUUGCGGUGAGAACUUAUUUAAAUGUGUUUUCCUAGGGCUUUCUGCUAUGGAAAAGAAAUUGGCCGAGUAUAAGUGUAAUACAAAUGAAGCAAUUCACCUAAAAUUAGGUAAGGUUUUGAAAUUAUAGCUUUGAUACUUAAGCUUGGCAAUGUUUUAGGUGUUGCUUUGAGCCUCCAUUUUGGAGUGUUAGAGUUAGCAGAGCACCAGAGAACUUAGUUUGUUCCCUCUCUUCUGUUCCUGUGUACGGGUGCAUCACUGCCUAAUUACUAUUGCAGAAAGGAGUGAACAGAAACAACAUUGAUGGCAGUUCAUAGCGCACACUUUCCAUCCUCACAACUAGCCAUGUAGUGAAUAUGUCUGAAAGUUGUCUGAUUGAAAUUACCAUGUAAUUACCAUUACUAUCAGCACUGAACUCGUGAAAGGUAGAGGCAGGUGUGGUUCAUCAAAUAGUGUGUUAGACCCAGCUUUAAAUAUCUGUUCAACUUUGAAUUAGCUGGUCUUGGGGCAAGUACUUUUCCCGCUCCUCAUCUGUUAAAUGUUAAGUGUGUGCUGCUUGCAGAGUGGAGGACAGCAUAAAUCAACAACGUAAUUGUCACCAAAUUGCAACCUGCAGGUUACAGUCAAAUUGUUUACAUUGGGGGGGGAAACAACAACUAUUGUGUGGCAAUUUGCUAACACGAGUCUAGGAAUUGACAAAGAGUACCACAUGUUAAGGCUGUUGUUAGCUAUGUAUUGAAUUGAUUUUUGCCUGGGUUUUGACUUUCACUGACAGGCUUAAACAGAGUGUAGAGAAUAUUCACUUUUUUAUUCUUAUUUAUUUAAAAAAUAUAACUAGGCCACCUUUGGACACGUUCUGUGAAGCAGCCCUAAAAUUUAAUGACAAAUCAAGAAGUGUUAAGGAAGCAUGCAUUCACCUUCUCUAGGGAAUUCUGGAAAAACAGCUCCCCCCCCCAAGUUCUGAAGAAAAGAAUCCACACUUCUGUCCACCAGCAAAAUUAACAUAAGAUCGUUUUUAUAAUGGGAUAAUAUUUAUAUUUAAUGUUUAGAAAGUAAAACUAUGGGAUAUUUUAAGUGUAGAAAGCCUGACCCCGGCAGACCUUUGAAGCAGAAGAAGGCAAGGAAGUAUUAACUGGUUUGGACUUCUGUGAAUUAAGUAAAACAUGUUGGCAAAGCUUAUAAUCAGUCCUUUUUCUCAUCAGUCCGUUUUCAGGAGGAUUUGGAAGAUGACAAUACAACAUUUCAUCCAGAGUUCAGCCACCAAGUUUUUGGGGAUGAGUAAGUGAUGCAAGAAAGUGUCAGAAAUAAGUUAAGAAGUUGAUAUUAAUAUUACAUAUUUGUACUAGUGCAGCUAUUCUAGUGAGCAUUUUUGUAUGGCCCUAUAAUUUUCUGUAGUUGCAAGGUUGCAAGCCCUACCCGCUAGGGCUGGGCGAUACAUGGUUUUCAACAUCAUGAUAUUUCACCCGCUAAACAUCACAAUAUACUGAUAUAUCACGAUGUCUGAAAUAAGGAUGGAGCUAUGUAGAGGCAUUGGCUGGCUUCAUGGUUUUUUGCCAUAUAAUGAUUUCGGCAUAGCACAUACACAAAAACAUAAUGAUUCACGAUAUAUUUCCAGGUCAAAAAUUAUGAAACUGAUAACACAAUGUGGACUUCAAACCAGUUUUGGACGAUAUAUCAAUAUAUCACCCAACCUUAGCUGACACUGACAAAAAUAACACAAACUCUGCCAAUGCUACAAAGUAUAUCCAGUCAUAUCUUGGGUUACAGACGCCUCAGGUUGCGUGAUUUUGGGUUGCGCACCGUGCCGAACCCGGAAGUACCAGAACGGGUUACUUCUGGGUUUUGGCACUUGCGCAUGUGCAGAAGUGCUAAAUCGCACUAUGCGCAGAAGCGCCAAAUCACAUGGCGCUGCGGGUUGCGAGUGCUGCGGGUUGCAAACGUGCUUCCCACAUGGAUCACGUUCGCAACCCGAGCGUCCACUGUAAAUGUAGCCAUACAUGUGUAAGGUGAAAUACCUGCUGUACCUAUCACUGACAAACUUGUAAAUUGGGCUAAUUUGUUUCAUGAGACACAUUUAGAGAAAUGACUAGUGGUAUGUUUGGGUGAACUGAAGGAAUUUUUAAAGGCAACACUGAAGGCUCUGUUUUUAAAAGUGGUAAAUCCUUCAAAAUUUUUAACAGUAAUGACAUCUAUCUGUAUAGGAGAAGUUAAUUUUCUUGGUGGAGUUGAUUAGCGUUCAGCUAUAACCUAAUUUUUCUUUCUCCUGCAGUGAGGUUGCCUUUGGUUACAAGGGACUGAAGAUUCUUUUGUACUACAUUGCUGGUAACUUGUCAACACUGUUUCGCAUUGAUUAUACAUCCAAAGUUAAUGAGAACUUUGACUGUGUGGAGGUAAAGUCAAACGUUCAGAUGUCACCUUAGAUAAAUAAGUUUGCCAUUGUAGCUGAACCCUUCAUUUUACUCUUCUCAAGCUUUUUACGACCUCACGCUUGUUCCCAAAAUCCUGCACCAUUGCACUUAUCACUUAAAUCAAUGGAAAUUAUACAGAUGGUGGUUUUGAUCAUUCAGAUCCCCCCUUUUUUACAUAAUUCUAUUGUAUUUUUCCAUUUCAACAACACUCAAAGCAGUAUCCAACUUUGUUAAAUGGCAAUCCUUUCUCACAGAACCAACGGUAGUUUUCUUAUCCAAAAGGAAAACUUCUCUUCCUUCAAAUUGCUGCUCUUAAGAUCUGCUUCUUGGCCAAAGCCUUUUCUGCAUUGUUUAAAGCUCAUCAUACAAAUUCAUCCACUCUGUCUGUCUCCUUGUGUUCAUAAGCACUCCAGGUUGUGGAUUGGAACACUACGUCACUUCUGUGUUCUGUGUAAAGCAGGCAUAGGCAAAGUCGGCCCUCCAGAUGUUUUGGGACUACAACUCCCAUCAUCCCUGACCACUGGUCCUGUUAGCUAGGGAUGAUGGGAGUUGUAGUCCCAAAACAUCUGGAGGGCCGAGUUUGCCUAUGCCUGGUGUAAAGCCUAAAGAAAUUUCAGGAAGAGCGAUAUAGCAGCACCCAAGUGACUAAACAUCUUUAAAGUACUUGGAAUGAACACCAGUUCCUUAAAACAUAUAUAAAAACAUUUGGAAUAAAUUUGCAGUUCGGGUAUAUUUUUGCCGCUUUUAAGAGUAGUGUUGAAAAUCCAGUUUGGUACACAUUGAGGGAAAACAAUAGCACCGCAUAAAAACAGGUUUGUUUCUCCUUAAGAUGUGAUCUGUACAGAAAUUUAUCAGUGUGAGUGGUGCGUUAAUUAGGAGCAACAACUGUUAAAAAACAUAAGCCUUGUGCAGUACAGAAGCGUUGUUUACUCAUUUAAAACUGAAGGAGUCUUAAUUUGCAUAUAUGCUGCGAAGUUUUUAUUUUUAUAUUUUAAAGAAGUUCACCAGAGGCCGCAAUUCAUAAAUUGCCACAAAGGAGUUGGUCACCCAUUGAUUCUAGCUAAAGCAGAUGGCUAUUUCAGAGAAAUGUACCUCCUCAAAAUCACAGAGAAAUGUACUCCCUGAAAAUCACAGUUGUUGUGACUAAUUAUCUGCGGCACCAGUAUCAUUACAUCCCUUUAUACAGAAUCUCAUUAUUUAUGAGUGAAAUGGUUGUAACAACUCUGUAAGUUAAGUUGGUAUCAUUAUCCCUCAUAUUGCAGGCUGGAGGGAGGGUCUGGGUCUAAUGGAAAGAUAAAGGUAAAGGGACCAUUAGGUCCAGUUGUGACCGACUCUGGGGUUGCGGCGCUCAUCUCGCUUUAUUGGCCAAAGGAGCCGGCGUACAGCUUCUGGGUCAUGUGGCCAGCAUGACUAAGCCACUCCUGGCGAACCAGAGCAGCACACGGAAACGCCAUUUACCUUCCUGCUGGAGCGGUACCUAUUUAUCUACUUGCACUUUGACGUGCUUUCGAACUGCUAGGUUGGCAGGAGCAGGGACCGGGCAAUGGGAGCUCACCCCGUCGCAGGGAUUCGAACCGCUGACCUUCUGAUCGGCAAGUCCUAGGCUCUGUGGUUUAACCCACAGCACCACCUGUGUCUGCGUGGAGGGAGGGUCUGAUGGAAAGCAGCACACAAAAGGUCUAGUAAGUUCUCAGCAGAGGCAAGGUUCAGUCCAGAGACUUCCUCGUUCACAACUCAGUCUGAUACUGCACAAUCACCAGUCAUCAACAUUAUACUCACAUUCCCAAAGAGGCCUUUCUUACUACCCACUGAGUCACCUCCCUCUCUCCUCCUCCCACUGAAAUAUGGUUUGAAGCAAGCAUUCUGUUGUAACCAAUAGCCUGGAUUUCAGUGUGUGGUGCUCACAGCAACUUCUCUGGUUUUUAAGUGUGGCCACAGGCUCAAAAAGGUUUGGCAACCCUUGCACUACACCAUCUCUCAACUAGCUUUCAGCUUGACUUUUAACCCAGACUUUUUGAUCCUCCAUUGUGUUUUUUUUUAAACUCUUUUUCAGAGAUUGGAUUUCUGGACUAGCAUUUCUGUGAUUGGUUACUCAAAGCUGGUCUUAACUAAAUGUAUAGCGGGGGUGCUCAAAUAACAUCACUGUUGUGAAUUCCUACAUAAGGUGACCUGCUCAACACAUUGUGGACUAAUUCUCAGUUUGAAUUUGCUAGUUUUCACGCUUCUCCAAAUGUUGCAGUGAAAUUCUCAUCAGUUUAAAUGCAUUUAAACUGAUGAGAACUUCAUGGCAAUAUUUGGAGAAGCGUGAAAACUAGCAAAUUCAAACUGAGCAUUAACAUGAGUUUUGAAUUUUGGGGGGGGGGAAAGUUACUAAUUAAUGUGACCAUUAACAGGUAAAAAAAAUGUGAAACUGACACUGAUUAGAAAGCGACUAAUUCAUUCAUCCCUAAUGUAUACUUUCUGGAAUUGCUUUGCAAAGGCACCUCUUCAGUAUAUACAUCUGAAGCAUUGUGUAGUUCUUCACAAAACUGCACAAAGAGAAGUAACAUCUGCCACCCUGGUCUCCAUCAAGAAGAUGGCUGUUUUCAUGGGGCAUAGACAUAGAAGUUGUAUGAGUGCAAAAUUUGGUAUAUUUUUUAUUUGUGUUUAAAUUAUUUGGUGAAAUUCCUUCUGUGCAGCCAUGUCCCGCAUUUACCAUUCGAGUUACGCUAAAUGUCCUAAUUCUAAAGUAAGUUUUAGAUCCCUAAAUGAUCUCAAGUGUCUGCCUGAAUGUAAGGCUUCUUGUUCGGCAGAAUGAAUACUUGCACAUGUCAAGUGGAAUGUCGUGGGGAAAGGGGCGUUCUUACAUUCUAUGAUGUAUCUGAUACAGAUUAUCCCUCCCCAUCUUCUGCAUUUGGCCUCACUGAAUUAAACACAAUUGUGGAAUAUUAAGGCACAUGUAUUGAGGACGUGUAUUGGGGGAAGGGGCAGCAAAGCCACAUUAAGGGGCAGGUGUUAGGAGCUAGCUGCCUUGCACACCACAUUAAUAAACACAAACAAGGGUAUUCACCAGGUUUAGCAAUACACUUCCCUCGUCAGACUUCCAUCCUGUUUCAAAAUCGAACCAUUCAGCAAGAGGUUGGUAAAGUAGUUUACUGCAUAAAAAAUGUCAGCCCUAGAUAUUUUUGAGGCUUAUUCUUUUUUUCCUUACAGCUUCUUUUCUGGGGUAUACCCAAAGUCGUUGUUUUACUUAAUGAUGCCUAUUCCAAGCAUAAAUCCCAAUGAGUUCAAUAGGACUUCCUACCAAAUUAGUGUCUUUAGCAGUGAUCCUCCAGAUGUGGUCCAGUGAUCUGGAGUGGUGGGAAUUGGGAGUCCCUAGAACAUCUGGAAGACCCCAUGUUCCACACUCGUGGUUACGGCCUGAAUGUGUUAAUAUCAGCAGGUUAGGUAAUACAGCACAUCUCCGAUUUAAGAUUUUCUUAGAUAGACGUUAUAACGCCACACGGUUGUUUACCAAGGCCGUAUGCACUGCAGAAUAACCCUAAUCUUGACCACUGUUCUUCCUUUACAAUAGGAGCAGGCCGUAUAGCUGCGUGUGUAUUUAGUGCUGCAUUUCUUGUUUUUAAAUCUAGCCAGUCCACAAUCUUAGAAAUCUGAAACUUAUACAUAUUAGAGGGAAAGGCCAAAUGUAAAGAAAUGUGGUGUGGACUAUCAUCUUUCUCCCACCACCACCACUUUACCAUCUUUAAUUGUUCUUUAACACAUUUUUGUUGUUUUUAAUGCAGCCUUUUUUGUAUACACUUUUUCCUUCUAUUCUCUUUCUCCCCUUAUCUACAUGUUUUUUUUCCCCUCACUCUCUAUUUUAGUCUUCUUGGCCCCUUCUUUCUUACUGUAUAUUUACACUCCCCCCUCCUCCAAAUGCCUUUCCAAGAAGCAGGGCCAAAUUUGAGUAAAGGCUGCCUCAGGUGCCUCUUCAGAACCUCUGCUUUGGAUACAGCUCAACUUGGGAAUAUAUAAAUAUUUAUAAAUAUACACAUACACAUACACACACACACACACACGGGUGGCACUGUGGGUUAAACCACAGAGCCUAGGACUUGCCAAUCAGAAGGUUGACGGUUCGAAUCCCCGCGACAGGGUGAGCUCCCGUUGCUCAGUCCCUGCUCCUGCCAACCUAGCAGUUCGAAAGCACAUCAAAGUGCAAGUAGAUAAAUAGGUACCACUCCGGCGGGAAGGUAAACGGCAUUUCCGUGUGCUGCUCUGGUUCGCCAGAAGCGGCUUAGUCAUGCUGGCCACAUGACCCGAAAGCUGUACGCCGGCUCCCUCAGCCAAUAAAGCGAGAUGUGCGCCGCAACCCCAGAGUCGGCCACGACUGAACCUAAUGGUCAGGGGUCCCUUUACCUUUACAUAUAUAGCUGUGAGGUUAUGCAGAGCGCUUAUGCUCCACUUCUGUGGUCAUUUGAAGGAAGGCCUUGUAAAUCAGAGGCUGUAACUUCUAGGUAAACUUGAACCUUUAUCAUAAUUGGCACUUCUUCACCACUGCUUAUUGUCUAAAAGGAAGGCUGAGAUGUUUUGUGGGAGAAUAACAUACUAGAAUGUGCCAGGAAGAACGGGAACCCUCUUUUCUCUUGAAUACUCGGAUAUCCAUCUCCCGGCCAACUUUCUCUUUACGUAUUCCUGCUUCUAACUGUUGCAAAAGAUUUUAUACCCCUGCAUGGAACAAACUGCCUUUCAGUAGAUCAGGAAUAGGGAACCUGUGGCCAUCAAGAUUUUGCUGAACUGUAACUCCAUCGUCACCUACAGUUGGUCACGCUGACUGGGUUGAUAUGAGCAGCAUUACUGCUAGGUGGCAACCUGUCUGGCAUCAAGCGAACUGAGGAAGGGUGGGAUAUCAAUUGAACCAAUAAAUAAAAUAACAUCCUGAAUGUCACAGGUACCCAACCCAUGCAAUAGGGAGUAGAACACAAUAAGAAGUCCUUAGCAGUACUUCAGACUAGGUAAAAUCUACCCAAAAGGUGUUUCUUUACAUUAGGUGCAUGAUAUGAUACAUAGCAUAGUAUGUAGUGUGUUAUAUUUGUAAAAUAUUGAGAAAUAGUAACAAAGGGGUUCUAUAUGGGGGAAUGGGAAUGAGCUAUGACUUUCAUCCACCUCUCUUCCCUGUUAAAACGUACAUUUAAAAAUUUGCCAUUCUAGCACUCCUGAAUAGUUUGUUUUUUAAAAAAGCACUCUUUAGAAACUCAUUUGGUAUUCCUAAUUUAGCCGCAGGCACGCUCUUGCUGCACUUUUACUAGAUAAAUUUAAUAUAGGAAAAUGUUCUUAAUUUUUAUUUGAAGGUGUCUAAUCAGUAGCACAAGACAAAAUCAAGUGUCGCAGAGCUACCGUGCAUGCCGCACAUAAUGGCUCUUUAGGAAGAUAAGGCUGAUUAAAUAUGAAAGUUGGUGGCACCAAAGCAUUAAUAAUGGAGUGUGUGUAGACUGAACUCUGCCCAUAUUCUACAUCCCCCCGAUAUAGCUGAUAGUAAAGUAUUAUUCAUUUGCAGGUGCAUUGCUUCUACUUAGGAGGACUCCAGUUGAAAGAACAGGAAUUAGUAGUGUGUUGUAUUAGCCUUUUGUAGUGUAUUUUGUCCUAAGCGUCUUAAUUUCCCUGUUUUGAAUGCUAAGUAGCAAUGGUCUUGGUUCAGAAUUAAUACUUAUCAUGCAUGUAAACGGUGUGAAAGAGCUGCUUAGUAAGUUAACACAAAGUGUUCUUGUGUCAGCCCUUAUGGAAAUAGAUACAAUACAAACAUUACAGCUGAACUCACGGCAAACUCCAUUAAGUAAAAACCUGGACUCAUUGUUGGGAGCAGGGUUUGAAUAGAAUGUAAGCUCAUUUUGUUGAAUGUAAUGUCAGGCUUUUAGGGGUUGCAUUGAGGGGGUUAGGGUUUUGUUAAGUUGAGACCAAUUCAUUAAGUUUUAUUGCCUGGUGAGAAGCGGCAAUACGUUAUUGUGAAACUUCAUCAAAUAUUCAUGGUUAAGGAGAAGUAGUAAAUGUAUUCAAUCAAGUGGUCUUUUGGGGGCCUGAAAGGGAUUAUGAUGUCUGCUCAGCUGAUAGUCUGUAACAUUCAAUUUGGCUGUUUAACAAGGCUAAUCUUAAUUCAGUUUUGCUUGUAAAACCUCCCCACCCUUUUGGUUAAAUUGCAUUAAAAAAAUUCUUUGGGCAAAAGAAGUUCCUCCCCCCCCCCUUGGGUCUUUAGCGCAUAAAUUAUAUUGGCUUGCCACCAUGCUCCCAAGUCUGUAUUUUCCUGACACUUGAGUGUUUGGGCUUUUUCCUUGUACUAUGUGUAAACCAGAAUUCAGGCUGGAAAAGAGUUUGUCCUGUUGCUGCCAGUUAGUUCCUUAAAUACCCUAAUUUGUUUGGGUUGCUUUUGCUUCGCCUUGAGGGUGUGGGAUUGUAUUGCACACGUGUUACUCCGAAAGAGUGAUCAAAGACUGUUCACUUAAGAAUUCCAUAUUGAAUGGUAGACGUCUGCAAGAAGCAGAUACAGUGGGCCUGCCCAGCCAGCAUAUCAGCAGACCAAAGUUGCAUUGACUGCAUUUAAUAAGUGCACUGAGGUGCCUAGUCAGGACUUGGCAGCAGACAAGAAGGAAGGAACUCUUGAGAGUCAAGAAUCUGAACUAGAUUCUCCUCCGUUUUUUCCUUUUAGCUUAUCUAAAGUUUAAUGAGCUAGUGGCAUUGACCAUUACUGAGGUGGGGAGUGGUACACUGUCUUAAAAUUUCCCUUUUCUUAGACCGUUAUGGUAAAAGGUUACCAGCUUCUUUAUUACUGUAAUGAAAUGCCAGUGCUCCAGGUUGUUGUUUUUUAAAAGAAAGGCAGAAUCUGAAUCUUGUGUUCGUGGAAAAGCUGUUUUCUGAAGUAAGAUGCUUCAGUUUAACCUGCUAUUAAACUGAAGUAUCUUACCAUGAGUAUAUUACCCAAAGCACAAUGACUCAUCAGGAAUGUUGUCUUCCCGACUCAGCAAUUAAGUUUACUUAACAUGCAGACUUCUUAUUCCAGUGCUGAUAACAUUCAAGAUCCUGCUUGACCUUGUAUGUUUUAACCUCCUACCCUGCCUUACCUCAAAAGGAAGGCAACUGAAGAGCAGGCCACAACAUUACUGUGUAUCUGUGUCCACCCUUGUGAGCCUGAGAAACGGUCUGAGGGAUCAGGCUGGUUUUUUGCCUCCAAUAAGGGAGAGGCAGUUUCCCUGAGCACAGCUUAAACCGGGAAUGCUGCACUAUAACGUGUUACUGGUGGAUCCUUUGAAAGACUAGAUUUGAACAAUGUGAUAACGGACUAGGGGGUGCGUAUGAAUGCUCUGAGCUUUGUAAACUAAGGGCCACAAGGGGGCACCUAGUGGCAAGGUCCCAUGUGUACCAUUUUGUUGUGUCUGGGACAAGGACCUGUGCAAAAUUUUAGGAAACCACAUUGGGUGCUUUAAAUAGCGCUUCAACAAUCACAGGGCAUAAGCACACCACCCUAUGUGAAUUCUAGAAAUAGUCAAUUCCUUAUUCUCAGUGCUUCUCUCUCUCUAUCUCCCCACCUCUUGUUUUCAGGCAGAUGAUGUGGAAAGUAAAAUUAGAGAAAUUAUUCCACCAGGCUUUAGCACAAGUACAGAUGACUUUGUAUCUCUGCUGGAAAAAGAGGUCAAUUUCAAGCCAUUUGGGACAUUGUUACAUACAUAUUCUGUGCAUAACGAAGAAGCUGGCGAAGACGUAAAGUAUCAAAUAUACAAGGUAAAAAGUGUGUGUUUGGUGGUGGUGGGGAGAAACAGAGCCUUCCGAUAGAGCUUUCAUGGCAACUUUUAAGUGACCCUCAAAUAAUUGCUUGUGAUAUGUAAAACGUUGCUAUUUCUCCAGGAUCACUUUCAGUGUGCUAAUAAAACAGUUUCCCACAGAGGCACUUUAUAAGGCUCUGUGAUGUGCUCUCUUCCCUUUGGUGAAGAGUUUCACCUGACUUCUCCUGGCUUUUUCCCUAGGCUGACAUCACAUGCCCAGGCUUUCGAGAGUAUCAUGAAAGGCUUCAGACCUUCUUGAUGUGGUUUAUUGAAACAGCUAGCUUUAUUGACGUGGAUGAUGAAAGAUGGAACUACUUUCUAGUGUAAGUACAGUUCUAAAGCAACAGUGGACCUUAUUACCUCCACAAAGGCUGCAUUUUAAUUGUGGCUGGCCAAUUAUUGGGGACAGUAUAAUGAUAUUUUUCCCAGGAAAGAGAAAACUAUUGUUUAUCAGGGCUGGAGUUUGUGUCCAUUAUGCUUUGCGAGACCUUGAGAAUAGAGCCAAAUUAAAUACUGUUGUCCGUUGGAGCCCUGAAUGUAGGGCUUAAACAGUAAAAUGAGCUUUGCCUGUGUUUUCUUUUACUUGCCACCUAUUCAUCUUUAUAAUAGGCAAGUGCGCUGAAGUGCUGUAAAGAGGUCUGAUUUAUCCAAGUUGCUGCACACCAAUUAAGUGAAUUGUACAUUCAGAACAUAGCAGGUGUACCCAUUGGGCCCUCACAGAGUAGCUUGCUGACACUGGAAAUUCAGUCAGAGAAUGGAAAAGAAAAUGGACACUGCAUGGGAGCGCGACUGUAAUUGACCUGCUUGGCUUUCUGUUUUAUCUGCAGAUUUGAGAAGUAUAAUAAGGAUGGAGCUACGCUCUUUGCGACCGUAGGCUAUAUGACAGUCUAUAAUUACUAUGUGUACCCAGACAAAACCCGGCCACGUGUAAGGUAAUUGGCAGCAUAGCACGUGCCUUGCCUUUUAUUUCAGAAGAGAGUACUGUCGAAGUUCCCAAUACUUGUUUAUAAUUGUGUUAAUUUUGUGGGCUUUUUAAAAAAAGAAAUUUUAAAACUCUCGCCUGGCUUUGCAUUUAUUUAUUUCAUUGUCUUCAUCUGAAAUGGGGUGGAAUCUCAAACUCUUAGUGCAAUUAUGUUUGGAGUCUAUAAGGUUUUUGUAUGUAAAGCCUUAUGUACAGAGAGAUUGCAAUUCGCUGUGAAUAAAUCUGUAAAUAAAUUUUCUGGGGGUUGAGUAUACAAUCGAUCUCAAACGCCUUGGCUCCCCAGUGAUCGAAACCUGGAAGUGCUUUUUCGGUUUUUGAACGAUUUUCGGAAGCUGAACGUCCGGCACAGCUUUUGUGUUUUCCGAUUGGCUGCAGGACGUUCCUGCAGCCAAUCGGAAGCCGCGCCUUGGUUUUCAAACGGUUUGAACGCAUUCUGUUCAAAAACCAAGGUAUGACUGUAGUUCUUAUUUUUUUGCUAAGUAUUUUUUUUCUUCUUCUUCUAUGUGUAGCCAAAUGCUGAUAUUGCCUCCAUUCCAAGGAGAAGGUCACGGGGCUCAGCUUUUAGAAACAGUUCAUAGGUACUAUAUGUCAUCCCCUGCAGUGCUUGAUAUAACAGGUACGUGAGUCUUUCGCUGGAGAUAAGAAUUAAUUUAUAUGAAAUGCUGAACACUGCUUCCCUGACAGUGCCAUAACUUUCUGAAUUCAUCUGUCAAAAUUAAAUGAUCUUUCAAAGAUUAACUUAAGCAGAGGUCAAGGUUAAUGCUACCCUUCCUCACAGAAGGAACUGCGUAUAAUGUAAUUCUUCAAAUCCUUUCCUCCCUGGGAACAGUGCACCAUGGAAAUCCAUUCCCUAGCAUGAAAGGAUUACCAGUUAAUUAGCCAUUUUUAUUGCAAAGUACGCAGCUGACUUGACAAGAGAUUUAGGUUUCUGGAACUCCUUGCAGAGCUUUCUUCCUUCAGGCAAAACACUAAAUCAGUGAGAGACAUUGGUUUACUAAUCACUACGACGGUACACUCCAUUCUUAGGACCCCAGAGAGCAAAUGGACGAACGUCAAAAGAAUAUGAACUUGGAGAAUGAGAAAAUUAAAGAAAAGGAUAUUGGAAUGAACUUUUGAGGCAAUGUGGAACAGAAACCGCCCAGUGGCAUCUUAUGCUGUGGUAUCACAACAUAAGCUUCCAUGGACUAGUCUACUUUGCAAGAUGCCACAAUACAUGGCACAAGAUUCUGUUUCUUGAUGCAACUGGGAAUGCACAGAAGGGCCUUCUCUGUAGUGGGGCCUUUUAUUUUUGAAAUGAUCUCUCCUGCAGCUACAUUUGUCUUCCUCGUUGAGGUUUAGACGUUGGCUAAAAGCACUUCUUUGUAUCCAGAUCUUUCCAGUUUGAUAUGGUAACAUUUCACCCCAAACAGCAAUGUGCAGAUUUGUAUUUUAAUUAAAGGUAAAGGUAAAGGGACCCCUGACCAUGAGGUCCAGUCGUGACCGACUCUGGGGUUGCGGCGCUCAUCUCGCUUUGCUGGCCGAGGGAGCCGGCGUACAGCUUCCGGGUCAUGUAGCCAGCAUGACUAAGCCGCUUCUGGCGAACCAGAGCAGCGCACAGAAACGCCGUUUACCUUCCUGCCGGAGUGGUGCCUAUUUAUCUACUUGCACUUUCGAACUGCUAGGUUGGCAGGAGCAGGGACCGAGCAACAGGAGCUCACCCCGUCGCGGGGAUUCGAACCGCCGACCUUCUGAUCGGCAGGUCCUAGGCUCUGUGGUUUAACCCACAGUGCCACCCGCGUCCCUAUUUUAAUUACACACACACAAAGUUGUUCAUUUUUGAUAUAUUUUAUAUAUCUUUUGCUCUACGUUGCCCUGAGAUCUGUUAAAGAAAGUGACUCAAUAACUGACUAAAGAAAAGAGGGUAGCUUCUGGAUAUUUAUCCUACAACAGUUCAUUGUGGGCUGUUAAGAAUAUCACUGCAAAGAAAAUUCAUUGGUUUGGAUAGGUGACUUCUGCUUGUAGUAAGAUUUCCCCUACUCCCUCAUGGGGGGGUGUUGUUUUUUUUCCUGAUUCUCCUCUAUUGCUGCAGCUUAUAUGUUAUAUUCCAUGUUUCUUUGGCAGCUCCUUCAACUAUCAGUGGACUAAUAGGAAGGGGGAGGCAAAAAAAAAAAAAAAAAAAGCCCUGUUCUGCUUGGUUAGGAUGCCUUGGAUUUAACCCUUCGUUGAACUUCUCAGGAAUUAUAUAUACCAGUCCAUUUUUGCUUGGUUUUGAAUAUACUGGGGGUGGGGUGGGGGGAUGAGCCAGCUACUUUAGCCGCACAGUAGGAAUUUUGCCUUUUAAAAUAUAAACAUGACCUUGUAUAUCACCCACAUGCCCUAUCACAAACUGCUUUUGAAAGUUGGUGCACUUUGAAAGCCUGUGGGGCUUCUGGAACUAGUUAUGCAGUUUUUUGAGUCACAGCCAUAUGAGGUAUAGUUCCAUUCAGAGGUGUUUCAGGCGUUUUCUUGAAUGUAUCCGCUAGCUAAUUUUCUUAUUACACCAUCAGAAAUGUAUUUUGUGUAAAUACAGCCUGAGCUAGUGGAGAAAGGAAGACUUCAGCACAGUGAUACCUUGGUUUUCGAACGUCUCAGAAGUCGAACGUUUCGGUUUUCGAAUGCCAAAAACCUGGAAGUAAAUGCUUCCGUUUUCAAAUGCACCUCGGAAGUCGAACGGCUUCUGCUGAUUUUUUUUUUCUUUUCAAUUUUCUCUAUUGAAUUUGCAGGCCGCCCUUUGCGCCUCGGUUUUAGAACGUUUCAGAAGUCGAAUGGUCUUCCGGAACGGAUUAUGUUCGAAAACCGAGGUACCACUGUACUAUGCUACCAGUGUGUGUGUAUGUACCGUAUUUUCCCCCUAUAGACGCACUUUUUCCCCUCCAAAAAUGAAGGGGAAAUGUGUGUGCAUCCUAUGGGGCGAAUGCAGGCUUUCACUGAAGCUUGGAGAGCGAGAGGGAUCGGUGCGCACCGACCCCUCUCGCUCUCCAGGCUUCAGGAAGCUAUCCGCAAGCCUUGCGAGCCUGGCAGGAGUUCCCGCCGGGCUCGCAAGGCUUGCGGGCGGCAGCCCGAAGCACGCGGCACGCUCCGGAGCGCACCCCGGGCUUCGGGCAGAUAUCGGGCAGCCCCACAAGCUCGGGGGACAGCGGGGAGCCGGAGCACCGCCAUCCCACUAUUCCCCGACCUGGUUUGGAGUGCUCCGUCUCCCUCUUCUAGCUUGGAGAUGGCUUCGGGGGGGAAAUAAAAAAAAAAUCCUCGAUUUCCCCCCCAAAAAACUAGGUGCGCCCUAUGGGCCGAAAAAUACGGUAUGUUUGUUUGUAAACCUCACUACUAAGUUAAUACUAAAUUAACCCUUUGGCCACAGCCUAGAGAUCCUUUAUGUACUGAAACGUCAUUUUUUAUGUUCAGUGGGAAUAGAACUAUUUUCUUUUAACAGCAACAUGUUUUGCCACAAACUGAUUCUGUGAAUCCUCCAGAUUUCAAAAACUCCUUGCAGUCGGAUUCUUAACAGGAGUAGAAAAUCCCCAGUCAUGCGUAGAGCCGAGUAAUGCAGUUUGUUUUGGCAUGUACCUGUAUGCUAGAUAUACCUCUAAAUCUUGAAUUUCAGUCUUGUUUAUAAUUAAAGCCCCACAGAAAUUCCACAUACUUCCCAUCAUCUAUAAAAGCAUUAUAAAGUACAGUAAUACCUCCGCAAACAUCCGCUUUGUCUAGUGUCCAUUCUGGCCAAUGUCUGCGGCAAACCCGGAAGUACCAGAACAGGUUACUUCAGGGUUUGCCGCUUGUGCAUGUGCAGAAGCUCUAAAUUGCACUUCGUGCAUGUGCAGAAGCACAAACCAUACUGCGCGCGUGCGCAGAAGCGGCGCUUUGCCCUGCGUCCUUUUCGGCUUGGGGCCUGAGCUCCAGAACGGAUCCCGGUCGCAAAACAAGGUACGACUGUACCAAUUGGUGACGAAGGACAAAAUGUUAUUUUAAUUGUGCACGUCCGUAAAUGGAAUAUUCUAUCUGAAUCUUUGAGCCAGAGAUGUAUUUACAGCUUCUCAUCCUUGACAGUGCAUAGAAAUGAAAGUAGGCCAUACGAUGGCAGACAGCAGGCUUCUGCAUCAGUGCAUGGAACAUGGUGUGUAUUUUUUCUCCAGUAAAACUGCUCUGAAGCAGACUUUAAAUUGCCCUGUGGAAUAAUUUGCUAGGGUGCAUGCUCUCUUCGACAGGGAGCUUGAAAGGUAUGGAGAGAUGAAUUUCUCCUGUUCAUCCAUUUAGCGUUGCUGCUGUUAAGGGGAAAUUGGGUUGGACAGUCAGGAGCGGGACAGGAAAUUAUGAAAGUGAGAUGGCAUUCAGAGUUAUACGGCGGCUAUGCGAAGGGGGCAGCAAGCUGAGUGGAUUUACAAGGUAGUCAGAUUUACAAAAUAGUAGUUGCUUUAAGGUGAGAUUGAAAUAGUUAGCCCACUGAUGUGCUUUUCAUGAAUUUGCUACUUGGUGAAUUAGACCUUUUAAUUAUUUCAUAUGACAGAAACUUGAUAAUUUGGUAAGCCUAGUUCACAUAAAUUUGCAAAGAUCUUAAACAUUGUUUAGAGCUGGGGGCAUUCAGUGCUCCCUCUUCUAAUUCCCUAGCCGGGUGGUUCCCAAUUAGCCAAUUACUGAGAACCCCCUAUUUUACAAAAGCUAAACCAUGGACUUUCAAAAAAUUGUGAUAACUUUACAGUAGUUACCAGUAAAAAGCAAUUUUUUGAAGAAAACGUGGGGUAGCCCCUAAUAAACAAAGGAUUUCAGUUAUACUAAAAACCAGAACAUAAAAUUUGUGGUAUUACCAUGCCAAAAUGACAGAGAUUUAUGGACAGGAAAAGCAAAUUACAAAACACUUCUCCUUUGUUCUUUUAGCUGAAGAUCCGUCUGAAAAUUAUGUGAAACUACGAGAUUUUGUAUUAGUCAAACUGUGUCAGGAUUUACCUUGCUUUUCUCCAGAGAAGCUCAAGCAAGGCUUCAGUCAAGAUAUGGUAACCGAAGCUCAACAAAAGCUGAAAGUGAAUAAGGUACACGAUGCUUAAAAUAUUGUAUUGAUGUGAUGAUCAUCCCUGUGGGCAUUGUCUUUCCACAAACAAGAUGAGUCCUUCUGUUCAAAGACAGGUUCUUGACCUAAUAGAGGUUGCAUUAAUGGGAGAGGGCAUUUUUCCUGAUUCGCCCUGGCAGUCCACUGUGCCCUCAACCCCCCAAAAAAAUCUGCUGUAGAAGAGCAGGUGGGAGGGAGGCUACAAGAGGAGAAUGUUGUUGAAAACUGCUCCCCACCUCUUCAUUGGUGGACUCCUUCGUGAAAGGCAGCAUUGUACUCAAUGUUCAAUCCUAUGUCUAGUGCCUUAAUGUUCAGAACAAUUGUAAAUGAAACAAAUCUCCUUUUAGUGCCUGAGUUCCCAAAGAACCAGUAGACUUAGGUAGGUUUUUGAAUCCCAGCCACCGUUUCUAGAAGAUAUCGCAUGGCUUGCAUAAGUCACACCAUCAUAUUUUGGCUGCCAGGAACAAACUUCAGUCUGUGAUUAGGAGUUACAUAUGUCAGGGUUUAAAGAUAGAGGAUAGGCUACACAACCUUGAAAUCAUUUCUCUAAACCUUGUAUAGUGACAGUUCUUGGUCUUGAUUCAUAUGCCAUUCCCCUUGUUUUUAAGCAACAUACAAGACGGGUGUAUGAAAUUCUCCGGCUGCAUGCAACAGACAUGGGUAAUGCAGAACAGUCCAGAAGCUACAGAUUGGAUGUAAAAAGAAGACUGAUGGGCCCUUACAAGGUGGCUUUUAACUUACAUGGAUAUUUUAAAGUUGUUUUCAACUGUUUAUGCCAAAACCUUCGUGCAUAAUUAUCUUUCCUUUAAUGCACCUCUUUAAAGCUUUGUCUCAGUACUUUUGUUAAAAGCGUCAGCCAAACAUUACUACUACAGAUACGAAGGCGCAGAGUACUUUACAUAGUCUCAAUAAAAUGCAGUGCUAAGAGAAUUGUUUUGUCAGUGCAAGGAUUUCUGCUUGCACAAUGGGACGUUCUUUCCCCGCUGCACAUUCACUAAAUAUGUUAUAAGGGUCCUCCCAACCUUCUGGAGGAAAAUUGAGGAGGAUAGGUGGGUACACUGGUGGGGCUCAUUAGAAAAAUGCAGCCCUUUGAGUUUGAUUUCUGAUCUCUUGCUUCUUGCAACAUUAGACAUGUAAUGGUAACUGUAAAGGUAAAGGGACCCCUGACCAUUAGGUCCAGUCGUGACCGACUCUGGGGUUGCGGCGCUCAUCUCGCUUUAUUGGCUGUGGGAGCCGGCGUACAGCUUCCGGGUCAUGUGGCCAGCAUGACUAAGCCGCUUCUGGCGAACCAGAGCAGCGCACGGAAACGCCGUUUACCUUCCCGCCAGAGCGGUACCUAUUUAUCUACUUGCACUAGCGUGCUUUCGAGCUGCUAGGUUGGCAGGAGCAGGGACCGAGCAACGGGAGCUCACCCCGUCGCGGGGAUUCGAACCGCCAACCUUCUGAUCGGCAAGUCCUAGGCUCUGUGGUUUAACCCACAGCGCCACCCGCAUCCCUUUUAAUGGUAACAGUAGCAUAUACCAAAUACAUUUAAAUACAGUGGUACCUUGGUAGUCGAACAGCUUGGCUCCCGAACAAAUCGGCUCCCAAACGCCGCAAACCUGGAAGUGAGUGUUCCGGUUUGCAAACGUUUUUCGGAAGCUGAACAUCCGAUGCGGCUUCCGAUUGAGUGCAGGAAGCUCCUGCAGCCAAUCGGAAGCUCCUACAGCCUUGGUUUUAGAAUGGUUUCGGGAGUCAAGCGGACCACCAAGGUACCACUGUAAAGGUAGCAUCCCUUUCAGAGAGUAUGUGGAUUAGAGUUCUAAACAGAUUUCCCUAGUAAAAGGAAUAAACUAGACAAAAGCAAAAAAAUAAAAAUCAGUCAAUGGCCAGUAUUUAGAGGCUCAUGCACAAAGCAUUUGAGAUGCUGCACAUGGGAUGUUUGUGGCUGGCUUUUCCUAGCAGCAGUCUCUUAAAACGCCUUACAGCUCCAGUGGGCACCCCAGUCUUCAGGAGAGUUUGAGAAGUAGAGUUGCUAGAAGGGGAAAGCUGAAAAGCCCCUCUGCAUGUGUGGAAGCUGCAGUGAUUUUGCAUCUUGACUAGCAACAGUUAAGUGGGCUUUUUGUAGGAAACAAUACUAAUAGGCUGUCUUUGAAUAUCUUUGAAUGCUCAGCAUCGGUCCUCUGAGCAAGAUGUUUCACUAAAAAUGAGAAGCAUUGUUUGUCAUAAUAUUGGAUAGAAUUCUACAAUAACUAAUUACGUGGGAGCGGUCAGAAACUAGAGGAUUACCGUAUUUUUCGCUCCAUAGGACGCACUUUUUCCCCUCCAAAAAUGAAGGGGAAAUGUGUGUGCGUCCUAUGGAGCGAAUGCAGGCUUUCGCUGAAGCCUGGAGAGCGAGAGGCGUCGGUGCGCACCGACACCUCUCGCUCUUCAGGCUCCAGGAAGCUAUCUGCAAGCCUUGCGCACCCGGGGAGUUCCCUGGGCACUCAAGGCUUGCGGGCAGCAGCCUGCAGCGCGGAGCACGGGGCGCCCUCCGGAGGAUGCCCCGUGCUCGCGCAGGUGCCCGCAAGCCUUGCGCGCCCAGGGAGAUCCCCUGGGUGCGCCCGGCUUGCGGGCGGCAGCCUGCAGCGCGCGGAGCACGGGCGUCCUCCGGAGGGCGCCCCGUGCUUCGUGCAGGUGUCUGCAAGCCUUGCGCGCCCGGGGAGAUCCCCUGGGCGCGCACGGCUGCGGGCGGCAGCCUGCAGCGCGGAGCACGGGGCGCCCUCGGAGGACGUCCCGUGCUCGCGCAGGUGUCCGCAAGCCUUGCGCACCCGGGGAUCUCCCCGGGCGCGCAAGGCUUGCGGGCGGCAGCCUGCAGUGCGGAGUUCGGGGCGCCCUCGGGAGGACGCCCCGUGCUUCGCGCAGGUGGCUCGGCAAGCCUUGCGCGCCCGGGGAUCUCCCCGGGAGCGCAAGGCUUGCGGGCGGCAGCCUGCAGCGCGGAGCACGGGGCGCCCUCGGAGGACGUCCCAUGCUUCGCGCAGGUGUCCGCAAGCCUUGCGCACCCGGGGGAUCUUCCCCCCGGGAGCGCAAGGCUUGUGGGCGGCAGUCUGCAGCGCGGAGCACGGGGCGCCCUCCGGAGGACGCCCCGUGCUUCGUGCAGGUGUCUGCAAGCCUUGCGCGCCCGGGAGAUCCCCUGGGCGCGCACGGCUGCGGGCGGCUAGCCUGCAGCGCGGAGCACGGGGCGCCCUCGGAGGACGUCCCGUGCUUCGCGCAGGUGUCCGCAAGCCUUGCGCACCGGGGGAUCUCCCCCCGGGAGCGCAAGGCUUGCGGGCGGCAGUCUGCAGCGCGGAGCACGGGGCGCCCUCCGGAGGACGCCCCGUGCUUAGCGCAGGUGUCUGCAGCCUGCCGCCCGGCGCGUGGGGCGCCCUGAAGCAGAGCGCCCUUCACGCCGGGCCGACAUCGGCCAGCCCCACAAGCUCGGGGGACAACGGGAGGCGCAGCGCCGCCAUCCCACUGUUCCCGACCUGAGUUUGGGGGGAAUAAAGGAAAAAAAAUUUUCCUUUAUUUUCCCCCCCAAAAAGUAGGUGCGUCCUAUGGGACGGAGCGUCCUAUGGAACGAAAAAUACGGUAUACUGCAUGUUUUGCAGUAUGGCUUAGAACCAUUGCACUUUGAAAUAAGCCAGUUAUAUACCCCCAGCCAGACGGGUGGGGUAGAAAUAAUAAAUUAUUAUUAAUAAUAAUACUAAUUUCCAUGUAGGUAAAAAUCAUUUCCAACCUUCUGUUCCCAAAAAUCUCACUUAACAGUUACUAAUCCAUUCAUAAUAACCACAUAAUAUGAACUGUCUCUUUUAAACCAAAAAGCUGAAAGAGCUUUUCGGUUUGUGGAUGAAUGACGGUAGAUCCUUCCAAAUCGCCCUUUUCUCCCCUUGUGGGAGGGUAUGGAACUAUUUUAUCUUCCAUGAAUGAGAAAGCAGCUUGAGGUGUGGAUUUUUGUGUGGGAAAAGAGCAGGAAGGGAAAGGGUUAAUAUAGCCUUGUAGCCAUUGGACACAAGUAAUUUCAUGCAGGUGGAUGAGUGGGGUAGUGAAGGAGAGUGCUUUGUGCCCCGUACAUAAACUAAAAUGGCUGCCAGAGGUGGUAAACAGGCUAGUAACUUUAUAGGCUUAUUUACAAGGUUGUGUUAAAAAGCCUCACAUCCAUCGCUUGGUCAGUUUUCUGGUCAGUGUGGCCCUAAUUUUAUACUCCUGAUAUUUUGAGAGAGAUUCCGCAUUGUUAAAUGUUCCUUUAUAUUACAGGGAUACAAUGUAGGGCCUCUGUAAGUAAAGAGUACCUUCAGCGUUUUAAAAAAAGACACAGCAUGUGGUUUAAAAUGAUCAAAUAAUUAAACUAGAAAAGAGCACCCGAUUAAAUGUAACAUUCAAGGAGACUGAGAGGGAAAGACAAAGGGGGGGGGGGGGAAUCUGUUAGCAUCCUGUGCUACUACUCGGCGCUUUAACCAUUUUGAUCUGUGAUCUCUAGAUUUGAUGCAUCACUGGUUCAACACAGAAAAGUUGUGUUACAUCUUUUGUAGGAGCUGAACCAAACCAUAGCCAUGAUUAAAUCCCAUUGAAAGCAAAGGAAUUGGAUGUGCUCAUAUCUGCCUGUUUUCUGAUUGUACCUUUUUACAGAUGAAAAGCUGGGGCUUUUACCCUAUACCAGUAAUGGCCAAACUUGGCCCUCCAGCUGUUUUGGGACUACAACUCCCAUCAUCCCUAGCUAACAGGACCAGUGGUCAGGGAUGAUGGGAAUUGUAGUCCCAAAACAUCUGGGGGGCCAAGUUUGGCCAUCACUGCCCUAUACAGUCAACGUACAGUAAAACAUAAAAAUGGAAGGGGUUGACCAGUCAUUUGGAAUUUCUGGGCAAGUCUUAAUUUCAAGGAGCAUAUGAACACAACAGGGUUUUCUGAAGGAUCUGUUCCUGACACCUUGUUUAACCCAGAAUGUUUUUCCGGUUACUUUUAAAUAGCAAUUUAGCCUUAUAAGGAGCAGCGUGUAGCAAUUGCUGCUCAUGUGUGUAAAUUUCUUUUUGCAUGGUUCUUUUGUAGAAAAAGCAGAGAGAGAUUGCUAAGAUGAGAAGAUGUUUGAGACCAGAAGAGUUGACCAACCAGUUGAACCAAAUAGACAUAAAUUUGCAACACAAACAGUUAGAAGAAACCUUCCAGCAGCUUGUUUCGGAUUAUCGAAGGGUCCUAGAACGGCUUGCUCAGGCCUGAGGAUUCUCUACAGGAAGCGUGCAGAUUUCCGUACAUUGUGUUGUGGAAUACAUCAUGAUCACUGCUUCACUGCAAAAUUUCUUGUGACAUCCUAAUCACUUCCAAGAUGACUGGUUUUCUGUGCGUUUUCAAUAUUUUCUAUUUUUGUGUUGUAGAUUUUAAAAAGCUGUACUUAGAUUUUGGGGCACUUUGCUGAAAUAAAGUAGACUGAGAUGCACUAA